AUGACCGCCGUCCCUCAGGCUCAUAGCUCCUCGCAAGAGGACUCGCGAGGCUCUGUCGAAAAGCAGCAGGACACUGUCGAGCAUAUCGAGGAUGGCAGUGACCAGGCCUACUUUUCUGAAGAUGGCGAUGGCAAGCUGACCAGAGAAACUGUUCUUGCCUAUAUUGCCAUGUGUGGUCAGAUUAAUGCCUACAUCAUGAGCUUGCUGAUUCCUGCGACGACUCUUCCUUAUAUCAACGCCGAACUCGGCCCCGAUCCCAACUCGACAUGGAUCACCCUCUGCUGGCCGCUAGGAGCCUCGAUCCUGGUGUCCAUCGGCGGCCGUCUUAGUGACAUCUUUGGGCGCCGCUACUUUAUGAUGACGGGAGCCCUCAUUUCCAUCUGCGGCACCCUGGUGGGAGCCAACGGCCGCAGCAUCAACCAAAUGAUUGUCUCUGGUGCCCUGUUUGGCAUCGGCAGCGGCUUCCAAGAGCUUUGCUACGCCUGCGUGCAGGAAUGCGUGCCCAACCGGUACCGUAUCAUGGCUGUCGGAGGGCUUGACGUUUCUCUCGCUCUUGCCUUCUCGUCACCAGUGGUCGCCUACGCGUUCAUCGCCUACCAGCCCAUUGGUUGGCGCGGCGCGUACUGGUAUCUCUUCAGCUUCCACUGUUUCGCCUUUAUCCUCCUCUUCCUGUUCUACAAGCCUCCGGACUUUGAGAUGAAGCACCGUAACGACGGCAAGACCAAGCUCCAGCUGCUCGCCCAGAUGGACUGGGUUGGCGUCUUCCUCUUCAUGACUGGGGGCGUCCUCUUCCUGCUUGGUAUCAACUUUGGUGGCCGCACUGCUCGGGGCUGCUGCUUCAUCGCGGUCGGGUUCUGGUGCGCCUUCAUGGACCUCAAGUACCCGCUGUUCCCGCCCAAGCUGUUCCGCCAGGUCCGCGAGUUUGACAUGGUCAUUGUCGUGUGCUUCGUCGGCGGCAUGCUGUACUACAGCAUGAACGUACUGUGGCCGCGGCAGUCGCAGGCAUUCUUCAUCCCUGCCAACGACGUCAUCAUGAAGGGCGUCUACGCCAUGAUCUUCAGCUGCGGAACCUGGACCGCCGGCCUGCUGACCGUCUUUGUCUGCUCGCGCCUGCACCACGAGAAGUGGCAGCUUGUCGGCUUCACCGUCGUCCAGACCGCGCUCAUUGCGUCGAUGGCUUCGGUUGGAUCAAACGACAAGGCCCAGGCUAUUGCCACUGUCGUCCUGGCGGCGACCACCAUCACCCCUCCCCAGCUGCUGUCCUUCACUAUGCUGUCCUUUGGCUUGGAGAGCCAGGAAGAUCUUGGCGUAGCAGUCGGCCUAGCCGGCACAUUCCGCCUCUUCGGCGGCGCAGUGGCAACAGCAAUCUACACAGCCAUCUACUCCAACAAGUCCGCACAGGUCCUACCAGGCGAGCUCACCGCGGCCAUCAACAACACUCCCGGGAUAACCUACUCGGACAGCUUACUGGCCGCGCUGGUCAAGGCCGCGGGGACCAACACGGCGGCCGCGUACGGCGCCGUGGCGGGCAUGACGCCCCAGCUCGCGGCCAACGCGGCGGAUGCGGUGCGCCAGAGCUACGUGCAGGGGUUCAGGCUCGUGUACCUGGUCGCCAUUGCGUUUGGCGCGCUCGCGGUCGCGGCGGCCGCGGCGACGGUGAGCACGGACCGGAGCAAGAAGAACAAUGCCCGGGCGGUGGUCAUGAAGAACGAGGUUGAGCACCGCGGGGCGGCGGCCCAGCAGGAGAGCAAGGCUGUUGGGCCUGUUUGA